UGUUUAGUGAAUUUUAGUUUGUUUUCUUGAUUCAAUUAAGCUGCAUCUUCCUACGGUUGGUUGGUUCUCAUAGCUCGAAUAAAAUUUUAAAUUUUGCGAAUUGAAAUCCAUAAUUUCCUUGCCCAUGAACACCGGAGCGACCAUAUCACCGUACAAUGCAUGCCCACCACAUUGUCCUCUCCACUAACAAUGAAAAAGCCAACAGCCAGUUGGUUGCAAAACGCAUUUUCAUUCUCCUCGUCUUCCUCCACCAAAUCAACUUCCGAUGAUAGCAUAAUCAGCGGCCGCUACGCUGCAAAACCGUCUCUGUUCUCCAGCCGCGGUGGUCGGAGCGGCCGUCUGCUCACGCGAGCCAAAAAGCUCCGGCAUUUGACCGAUUGCGACGUCGAAUUCUCGCGCAGCACUCGGGCUUCUUUCGACGAUUCGCCUGCUAGAUUAUCUAUGGGCGCUUUUUCCCCAGCUGCUGCGGCUGCCGCUCCGCCGUCUCCUCAACCCCUUCCCUUGCCGGAAUUGCAGAUGUUGCUCCGUCGUGAUUCUAAAUCUGCUUCCGACAGGACAAUGUCAAAAAAUGUCCCUCUGCCGUCGCCGGGGGAGGCGCAUCAAAGGGAGUCUGGCGCAGAGGAGAAAGAAAAAGAGAAGAGCGAUUGUCUCAAUGGAGUUAUGACUAAUGAUGCAGCCACGUCGAGCAAUGCGGCUGGGAGGUUAAUAAGCCAAGAUGCUCAGAAAAAUGUAGAAAAUACUGACAAUUGGUCAUCUAGGAAGUCACCUCCAAAGGUGAAUGGUUCAGAGAGAAAUCCCGAUAACUAUAGAAUGAGUACUCCCCUUAGUGCUCCUGCUAGUCCUUAUGCAAGUCCUGCACUUAGCCCACACAGAAAUGCUGGGGAUGUUUUGACACCUCAGUACAUGACUCCACCGAGUCUUUUUCAAGUUUGGUCUGCACCAGAGAUGCCUUCUCUGGAUUCAACACUAGUUCCUGGAUUCUCCUAUCAAAGCUCCUCUGAGAUAGCUGCUUUUCCUGUAGAUAAUUCUUCACUGCCUAGUCCAAAAAUUAACCUCUCCAAAAGUCCUAAUGGGCCUGCAUCACCAUUGUGUAACAAGCUAUCAAGUGAGACCUCAGUGCCACGACAUGAUUGCAAUGCUCAAGCCAGUGUCAGUGUCCAUCCCUUACCUCUCCCUCCAGGAUUUGCCAUGGCUUCACAGCCUACCCUUAUUCCCCAGCUAACUCCUAAACUGGAUAUAGCUCCCAUCAAAAGUCAGUGGCAAAAGGGAAAGCUCAUUGGGCGUGGGACUUUUGGAAGUGUUUACGUGGCCUCCAACAAAAAAACUGGAGCUUUAUGUGCAAUGAAAGAGGUUGAAAUGUUGCCAGAUGACCCAAAAUCUGCUGAGUGCAUAAGGCAGUUAGAGCAGGAAAUUAAGGUUCUCAGUCAUCUCAAGCAUCCGAACAUUGUGCAAUAUUAUGGUAGUGAAGUAGUUGGUGAUCGGUUUUACAUAUAUUUAGAGUAUGUUCAUCCUGGUUCAAUCAAUAAAUUCAUUCACGACCACUGUGGAGCAAUUACGGAAUCUGUUGUACGGAACUUUACUCGCCAUAUUCUUUGUGGGCUAGCUUACUUGCACAGUACGAAAACAAUACACAGGGAUAUCAAAGGGGCAAAUUUGCUUGUGGAUGCUUAUGGGGUUGUGAAGCUUGCUGAUUUUGGGAUGGCCAAACAUCUCAGCGGCCAUGCUGCUAAUCUUUCUUUAAAAGGUAGCCCAUAUUGGAUGGCCCCAGAGCUCUUGCAAUCUGUGAUGCAACAGGAUUCUAAUAGCGAUCUGGCAUUGGCUAUAGAUAUAUGGAGUUUGGGUUGUACAAUUAUUGAAAUGUUGAAUGGAAAACCUCCAUGGAGUGAGUAUGAAGGGGCUGCAGCCAUGUUUAGGGUACUCAAAGAGACCCCUCCAAUACCUGAAAAUCUGUCAGCAGAAGGGAAGGAUUUUUUGCGUUGUUGCUUUCGUAGGAAUCCUGCAGAAAGGGCUUCAGCUAGCACAUUACUGGAACACCGUUUUGUUACAACCUCUCAUCCACCAGAUAUUUUAUCCUGCAGUCUGUCUCUUAGUGGGAUGAAAUUGAGGGAUGAUGCAAGUUCCCAAAGAGAGCGCUCAAACAGUAAGCUUGAUCAAGUCCCUGCAUACUCAGAUAUGCAUAUUGCCAAAGGAAAACUGACUGACAACUACAUUCAUGGUUCUCUUGCUCCAGUGAGAUUGGCCAACGAUGUCGCUACAAAACUUUAACACUACAGGUGGUAGCCCUGUCAUUCACCUCAUUCAACAUUGGAGGUCCUUCCUAGUCCAUCUCCACACUUGGAUUCUGUUAUGUGAAGUUAUUCAUGAAGAGAGGCUAACAGUGAACCAUUACAGAAAUGGAAGGCGAUCUAACACUUGUUUUAACGUGGUUUUCCAUAAAGACCUCAGUUUACAGAUGCAUUGGAACUUAUUGUGCUCUUGUAGGUAGCUUGCAGCCAUAGGAAUUGCUGUCAGUAGGCUCUUUGCCUCUUUGUUUCUGUUCAUACUUUGAGAGAUAGAAGCACAAUAGUCGCAGGACCUGGGUUUUCAGAAGUAGGAGUUUGUGUCUAUUCACAAGGUGUAGGGCUUGAACAAUAUAGCAGCAACCAAAGCCCAAUUAUGAUUCUUCAGUCAGAGAAUUCAACAACGCGGUUCUUCUCUGAUGUGGAACGUUUAUAAGCAUGCCGGGCCAGAGUUGAAAGAAUUGUAAAUAUCAUUUUGAAUAUUUGAUCAAGUCACUGUGCUCCUGCUCUUCAGGA